CAAGCUUUAUGUGAAAAUUAACAGGGUAUCUGUUCUUUUUAAGUGGUGCAGAAUCAUUUUUCUUCCUAAAUAUCAUUCCACUGCAUGCUUUCAUCAGAAGCAUGGGUCACAGUUGUGCUUCCAUUGAACUUGUUUCAAUUCUAAUACUGUCAGGAGUUUUAUUCUUUGAAAUAAUCCAACUUGGUUUCUGCAGCAAGGCUGAUGUUAACACGCGCUGUAUGGAGAUCGAGAGGAAUGCUCUACUUAAGCUCAAAGAAAGCCUCACAGAUCCCUCGGACCAGCUUUCAUCUUGGGUGGCAGAUGAGUCAGAUUGCUGCAAAUGGAGAGGUGUAGGCUGCAACAACAUAACUGGGCAUGUGGUCAGCCUCAAUCUCUGUAACCCAUAUGACAGUUUUCGCUACUCAUAUGGAAAUGAUUUGGUUUACUUGGACUUGAGCAUGAAUGACUACGGAGGUCUCCAACUUCCAAGUUUCAUCGGAUCACUAGAGAAACUGAAAUACCUCAAUCUCUCUUGGUCAUCUUUUGGCGGAGUCUUUCCACCCAAUCUUGGAAACCUCUCAAGAUUGGUCUACUUAGAUCUCAAGGGUAAUAACUUCGUUGAGAAUGACCUCAGAUGGCUUCCUAGUCUUUCUUCCUUAAAGUACCUUAACUUGGGUCUCGCGAACCUCACCAUGGCUGCACCAUAUUGGCUUCCUAUUGUUAAUAUGCUCCCUUCACUUACUGAACUGCAUUUGCCUAGUUGCUACCUUUCUGUCCUUCUUGCCACGCUUCCUUAUAUCAAUUUCACAUCCCUUUCGGUUCUUAAUCUUCCUGGCAAUGUUUUUUUUAACUCCACACUACCUCCCUGGUUGUUCAAUCUGACCAAACUAAUCUUGACCUGAGUUACAACUAUCUCCAUGGAGCACUUCCAGAAACUUUUGGUAGACUGACUGCGUACUCUCAGGACACUUGAUUUGUCAAAGAAUUCAGACAUUGGAGGUAAGUUGCCAAAAGCCUUGUCUGCAGACGCUAAAACUUUUUCUUGUUGGCAUUAAUGGGGAGAUUACUGAUUUCUUUGACGGUUUGUCUGGAUGCACAAACAGCAGCUUAGUGAUGUUGGAUUUAGAAAGUAAUCAGCUGACGGGAAACCUGCCUAGUUCUUUGGGAUAUAUUCGAAACUUAAGAUACCUCCAUUUCAAGGUUCAAUUCCAGAAUCCAUUGGAAACUUGACAUCUUUGGAGGAGUUUUACCUUUCACGGAAUCAAAAUUGUAUUGUAUUGUAUUGGGUGUUGUAGAGAAUUGGAAAAAUUGUAUUGUAAUGCAUGGGGUCAUCCCAGAAAGUCUUGGGUGUUGUAGAGAAUUGGAAAAAUUGUAUUGUAUUGUAUUCAUCUCACCAUGAGGUUUAUAUAGGGUUACAUCAUGUAUACAAAAGGCAAUACAUAUAUAAUAGCUAUA